AGAAUUAUUGUGGAUUUGUGUGGAGAAUGUCACAAAUAGCAUAAGCUAGAAAACUAAAUAUAUUUAAAAGAGAAACACUAAGUUCAACUAUGGCUGCUCAGGGAUAAGCUAACUAACAUAAAAUAUGUCUGAUAUGUGCCAUGUAGUCCUUUCCUCUUCAAGACUCCAGGGAACAGAAGAAAUACCUACAUUCUGUGGUUAAUGCUGGGCUCUGUCUAACACCAGUACUAUAUCCCUGGAGCACUGGGCUACAAGCAGAAGUUUGUGGCCUCCCAAGCCUGGAAAGCUCCAACAAACACCAAUAUAGAAAUUCUUCCUGUUAAGUCUGUAUGGCUGGGCAAACCAUGUGUAGAAAAGAAUAUUGGUGAUUCAUCAUGUGUAUUUCUUAAUUUUUUUAGAUUAAAUUGACUUUGAAUUAAUUUUAAAAAAAAGUGAGGAAGAAGCUGUAUUUAUGACACAUCUUCCCAUAUUGCGUGGCAUGGCUGAGCCAUAUCCCUGUCCAAUAAACCUAGACACUUGUCCACCCCUCUCAGCUCUCAGACUUUACAUCCUGCCUCCUAUUUUUUGUGCCACACAUAAAUCAGCAGUGAGGAGGAUCUGAGGAAGUCACCUGACUCCUAAGACUCCUGGCCUAGCGGAAAGUGAAGCAACCUCCAUCUCAGAUCCAAAUUGAAGUGCAGGCACCAGUCCGCAACUGAUAGAGGCCUCCACUGGACCUAAGCUUCAACACAGGGAACUCUGCAAAGCAAAAUGGAAAUUCAGGUGCUUCCAACAUUAGACAAAGCUGGAAAGCUGUCAGAAGCAGCUGUUUUCCAAUAUUUAGCAUGCUACCUCUCUUUUUGCAGAAAAAAACUUAUUUUAUUGAUACCAAUUCAAUUUUUUGUGCCAUUUUCACGGUCCUGUUUCUUUCAUGGCACAAGGGUAAUAGGGGCCACUGCAUUUAACCAUUCUAUUAAAGCAGUGAAUUGGGUGCUUAAUGUUAAACACACAACUCAUCCCUCCAAGCACAACUGCAGCUUUAUGCAUGCAUUUAGAUUCCAUUUGUUUUACUAUGAUUAUUCAGUAGGACUCCAACUCAUUAAAAGGUUAAAGAGCACAUAGCUGAGUUGCCAACUUGAGUUGAAAGACAGGCUUAGGACUGACUUGGAAACAAGUGUGAUAUCAACAUCUUCCAUCCCAUUUGUUUGUGAUAGACAAUUAACAGACAGCUGCUUCUAUAGAUUCAAAACAAAUACUGAUUUUCUGUCAACAAAGUCCCACGGAAUGGCUUGAGUUUUGUCAGCAGACUGCAUUCAAAAGGACUGCACAAUGCCAACUUACUCUACUUCCAUCUCAAGUUAUCCUCCUAAUGUGGUGUUGCAAAGCACAUUAUUGAACACACAUGACAAAAGAAAAACAUUGCUAUUAGUUUCUCCUAGUGUGAAGAUAAUGGGAUUCCUGUGCUUGAUCUCACAUGGCAGGUAUUGAGCCACUUCAAAGAAAGUGACAAUUUUAUUGUGGGCACAUUUAUCACACUCAGGGGGGUUUCAGUGCAGACGCUCAUGGGGUUUGUACUGGGUUUAUUUGACGACCUCUCCAGAAUUUUUCUUUUUUUUAGUUCAGUGCAGCUGUAUUCCUUAUGUGUUCCCAGAACCAAAUCAGGGCAUUGCCAGAUAACUCUUCUUUUAGCAUCUUUAUCACAGGACAGAAAUUCAAGUUUCCAUAGUGCUGUUUCUGAAGUUCUACAGAGAAUGAUUCGAUUGUCUUAGAUUAGAUUAGAUGAUCUAAUCAGGUAAGUAAUUACAUGAUCCUCACCUAAAAAUAACAAGAUGCAAAGUAGCAUUUGUAUAGUGCAGCUUUUUUACCUAAAAUGUGUUCUUAAAUAUUGUUUCUGCCUAUAGUGGAAUCAAAUGCUGACCAAACGUCAUGACUAUUGUGUGUUCAUGUGCAUCAAUUAAUGUGCAAAUAAUUACUACUAUACCAAGCAUAAUGAAAAGCACAGAAAGAUCUGUCUUCAUUUAGAAACUAGGAAAUUUUCGGUUUUCCUGUUAUUGCAUUUAUAAACAUUUCUGCUUAAAGAGAUCAUAAUAAAUACUAAAACAAGUAUUUUUGAAGUAUAUUCAGCAGCAGGUUUUCAAUAGCAAUUCACAUUUUAAAUAAUGAAAUUAUUGAAAUAUUACUGACAUUAAACAUCUGCACAGUGUGCUGAGCUAAUUUAGUCAUUGCAUACUAUUGUGGGAACAUUCAAAUUACUUUUGGAUGAUAAUUAAGCUCCAGAUAUAUUAUGUACUGAAAAACAAUUCACUGUAAUCACAAUUACUGCAUUUUGGUGAAGGUUAGUCACACAGUCUGGGAACCACAGUACUUUAUUGUAGAUUACAUACCACUAUGAGGCAUUAUUGCUUUUAGUUCAUUCCACAUACGCAAACCUCAGCAUUCACUCUAUGCAGCAGAGCAGAGCAGCAGAUUGCAUUAUUAAAAGUUUGGAAACCCAGUCUCGGUGUUACUGAUACAGCACCUUUUACAGUACUCCAUGAGAUAAACAGACAUUUCAUUAACUGCCUGAACUAGAAAUUGUAGUAAAUAACAUGUACUUAUUGGAGCAUUUUUCAACAUCUUUGCAACUGAGCUACUUCAGCAGACACAGGGCAGAUUCCCCUUACAAAGGAUGUUCUGAUGUCUUACUACAGUUAUUUUAAUGAUGUCAUUAAUGCAGUCACAUCGAGGUACCUUGUACACACACAACAGCUAAAUCCAUACAUAAAAUGAACCGUGAUUCCCAUCUCUUCCCUCCUUCUGCCUAGGCUUCCAUGCCUCUGAGCAUUCAUCACAGAGGGAACAAUGCCUUUUGUUACAUCAGCCUGAAGUCACGCUGCAACCAGUUACGAGGGAGGUUCUCUCAUGAUAGAGGGAAAAGAAUAAAUGCCCCUCUUUGGAUUUGUCAUCUGGAUUUCAUUUUCUUGUGCGCCCAAAAUACCAAAUAAACUGUUGCACUCCAGUGACUGACAAGUUAGCAUUUGCCCCUUACUGGUUUCCUGUCUUCUUCCUCUCUCCAUCUUCUCGUAAAACUCCCACUGGGUUCAGACCACUGAGUUGAUACAUCCUUAAGGCUAUUUACCAGCAGGAGUGUCUAGCAUCCGUAUGGGCUCACAUGCCUAGCUCUUCUAGAGAUCUUUCAACUGCACAUACUGAGUAAGCUGGCAAAUUAUCAAUUGCAAUUAUAGCCAUUAAGUUAUUAAUAGCAAUUUUAGAGUGGUUAAUAAUAUUUAAUUCAAUUGCUAGUUCUUUGAAUUCAGAAUCGUGGACCAACGGAUUCCAAGUCUUGUUGUGUCCUUUCUUUUUUAUUGGACUUAGUUAAAAAGCGGCUAUUAAACUCUGGAUGUUCCGGCUCGCUGGGUGCCGGGUCCUCCAGCCGACGGCAGCCCCGAUAGCGAUGCGCCGGGUUCUUAACCGGGACCGGGGACGGGCCGGGGUGAUGGUCGGUACAGCGGCGGUGAAAGGCCGGCGUAAGGCAGCGGGGCAGGGGCAGGUGCGCAGCCGGCAGGGGGGCGGCGGUGGCGGCCAGCGCUGCUGACGGUGCUGGCCCGGGAUUAUCGUCCGGCGCCAACCGACCCCGCUUUUGCUGCGCCCCUGCCGGCCCGACCGCGGGGGCCCGCCCGGGGGCAAAGGGCGGAGCGAGCCGGGGCCGGGGCCAGGGCCGGGGCCAGGGAGGGCUCCGGCUCUGGUCGCCGCCGCCCACGCAGAGUACCUUCCCCAGACAUGUCCCCCAACUACAUCCGGAGCUUCUCGGAGGGAUGUCUCAGGCCACCAACGGUAAUUGGCCAAUUCCACACUCUUUUUUUUGGCUCAAUUCGAAUGUUUUUCCUUGGCGUUUUGGGCUUUGCUGUUUAUGGAAAUGAGGCCUUGCAUUUCAGCUGUGACCCAGACAAGAGAGAGGUUAAUCUUUUCUGUUACAACCAGUUCAGGCCUAUAACUCCUCAGGUAUUCUGGGCUUUACAGCUGGUGAUUGUACUCGUACCUGGAGCCUUUUUUCACCUUUAUGCUGCAUGUAAGAGCAUCAAACAGGAAGAUAUUCUUCAAAAGUCAUCCUACACGGGGUUUUAUAUCUUCUCUGUUUUCUUAAGGAUUGUCCUUGAAGUUGUUGCUUUUUGGCUUCAGAUUCAGCUCUUUGGUUUCAAAGUGAACGCAAUCUACAUGUGCGAUGUGGGAGCACUUGAAAAAAAGUUUAACAUUACCCGGUGCAUGGUGCCAGAGCACUUUGAAAAGACAAUUUUUCUUAUUGCAAUGUAUACAUUUACUGUGAUUACAAUGAUCUUGUGUGUUGCUGAAAUUUUUGAGAUCUCAUGUAGAAGGCUAGGUUUCUUAAAAACUCAGUGAGGUCAACCACUCCUACUCAUUUACCACCGUGUCCACCUGUAGUUUUAUCAAAAUUAUUUCAAGCCAUAACAAAAAACAUUUCUUGUCCUCUAUGUAGUGUUGCAGAAGAGAACCACACUCACGAUUACUGCUGCAGAAUAGUCAUCUGACAUUUACUCCUUAUCUAAAAACUACCACGUUAUGUGAAUAAUCUUUGUUUCCAUGUCAAGACUAAAGACAAUAAGAUUUAAAAGAGUAACAUAUUUUCAUGACCUACCACAAACAAUAGUUUUGCCUCCAGAGGAAUGUCUGUAUGUGAGGAGGAGGUAAUUUAUAAAUGUACUGUUAUUCACAGGUUUUCUGAAUGCAUGCGAUGGGGGCUAAUAAGGUUAUUGACCUUCCAAGAAAAACUAUUCCAAAUUUCUUACAUGUUCUUAUGGCUUGAGAAUUAAGCGGUAAUGGUGGAUAACCUCUGAGUACCAGAAAGCAUUUGAGCAUCUUCCAAAUCAGUGCCACUGUUACAACCUGCAUCUCAGCUCCCUAGGGCAGAGACUCCUGGUUAGAACUGUGGGUACAACAUAUCCAUCAAUACUCGCUUGCUUUGUAGUGGUCCAGCUAGUUUCACGUGCUGGCUGGGAAUCUCCUUUUAUAAGUGAGAGAGUCACAUAAUAUUCUUUGUGCUGACUGGAAUGCCUUACCCUCCUUAUGUUUUGGCUUAAGAUGUAGAAGAUUUUUAAUAAUUUAGUAUGAUCCCGUUUUGAAAGAAGUAAAGACUUAAUUUUGCAUAAGAGGCUUAAAAGUGUCAAAAUAAAAUAUCGACGAUAAGCCUUCUCUAGACCCAAUAAUGACUUGAUUUCAGUGAGAGUUUUGCUUGUGUAUGACUGCAGAAUUGGGCCCACAGAAUUUUUUCCUGUAUGUGUCACACCUAACUUCUUGCUCUGACUAAAGUUGCUAGAAUAACAGCUAAAAAAGAAGUCUGCAUACUAAAAUUAUUCUAUGCAAUAAGUGUAUGUGGUUAGGUUUCAAACUUUAUAUAGGUAUCAGAUAUUUUUGUAUGCAACAGUUUCUUCUUAGGGACUAAUAAACAUAUCAAAUUUACAAGUGAUUUCCUUCUGCUGAAGUGAGAUAAUGGAAAUAAAACAGAUUUUGAAACGGGAAAGAAAGGAGGAGGUAGUUUCCUGUAUAAAAUAUGUAAGAAUAGCAAUCAUAACAAUUAGCUAUUUUCUGUUUGUUUUUCAAACAUAAAAACUUGAGGUCCCAGUGACAUUUGGGUCCUUUCAGGAAUAUUUGGAAAAUUCUGGAAAAAUUAUUACCAAAUGUUUUAGCACCAACUGCUACUUAUGCAGUCCCAAACAAGGUUGUAAUCCUCACUCACAAUAGUAGUCCUCGUUACAUAAAUGGAAUUGCAUGAUUUAGGUGUCUUGGAUUUGAUUGAAUCUGGGCCAUUUAAAACAAAGUGGGUGACAAUUAGAUGUGUGAUUUUUUUAAUAUGCUGAUCAAGAACAAGAUGAUAAAUUUCAGUGCAUUCACUAUAUUAAAGUAUUAAUGUUAUUUUUUUCCCUACGAGAAUAAGAUAUAUGUUGUCUUAAACAAAUGUCCAGUCAACACCAUCAGAUUUGUUCAAUAUUAAACUUACUUGUAAGUUAUUUGAUAUUUUCAAGCAUUACAAGUGGAAUAAAAAUCACUGUGCUAA